AGUCGUUUCGCGCCCGACGUGCCGACCACACGCGCUCGCCGACCGAGGUUUCCGUCGCACCGGAACCGAACGGAUUUCGCGCCGCACACACGGAACCGAACGUCUCGCGUACGUCUGAUUUGAUAUCGUCGUUUCCGAUUUUCCGAUCGAGACGCGGCUGAUUCUCACGGCGUUUCCGGCUUCUGAGCGCCCGAUAAGUCAGGCAGGUCGAAUAUUGUUGUUUUCAGGGGAAAAAAAAAUAAUAAUUGCGAAUUGUCCCGCCGUCGCCGCUCGGGUAGACGACGUUCGUCGCGAUCGUCCGUAUAGGUUUAUGAACUGCCGAGUGUGGUGAUAGGAACGGAUCGUGAGAGAGGAAAGCGCGGCCACGACGAGCGUCGACGAUGCGUACUGCCGCGCUGACCGCGGUCGCGGUGUUGGCCUGCUGCCGGCCACCGCUACCCGCCGUCCGGGCCGUGUGCCUGCACACGGCCAGGGACCUGCAGGCCCAGGCCCGCGCGUCCGAAGUGGUGGUCAAGGCGCUGGCCAUGCGCGUCUGGCCGGAACCCAAUGGGCUGGUGGGCGGCCACUUUGCCGUCAUGGCCGUCUACAAGGGCGCCCGGGCCGUGAAAAACGUGUUGCACAUCGGCGGCACCGACUUGUUCAACAUGCACGACAAGAGAAUGAACGUGACGGGAUUUUGGAACGAUGUACAGGAUGACGGGCAUAGGGCGUGCGGGGCCAGAGUGACGGUGGGCACGUAUUACGUGCUGUUUGCAGACGUCGUGCAAGGCCGAUUUGUAGCCAAGGACAGACAAGGCGCGUUGGUCGAGUGGACGGACGGCAACGAAAGGGCCGUGUGGCACGGUCUUGGAUGGGGUGACUGGAGUGAUUGGUCGGCGUGCAACGUGUCGUGUGACACCGGCCUGCAGUAUCGGCACCGACGUUGUCUGAAGUGCGGGCAAGGGCACAACAAGGAAAUGCGAAAGUGCAACGACUUCCCGUGCGACGGUGUCAUGGAACUGGUUGCGCCGGGUGACCGCGUGCGCACCGUCGGCGGCAAACUAAACGGUAGCGAAAAUGGGUUCAGUCUUCUCGACACAGUUGGCUUCUCGAACACGUUUUCACUGUUGAUCACGCUAAGAGUACAACCAAAAGUGGACUUUGGUACUGUCUUCCGUUUAUCUUCAUCGACAGAACCAUUGAAAGUCAUAACGCUUGAAGUCAGUGGUCCAGAUCUAUUACGAGUGUCUGUAAACACGAGGCAGUCGAAUAGAUCAGUGCUCAUCGCUGCGGUUUUAGCUGACGGAAUUACUCAUCAGCUAGGAUUGGGAUUUCAAGAAGAUGAAAUCAUAGCGUAUUUGGACUGUAGAUGGGUUACGACUGAGACGCUUAUGCAAAAUUCGUAUGCCUCAUCUCCAGAAUAUUAUGACAUGGACGUCUUUGAGGAAUCGUUAACGGCGGACUUGGUGCAAAUGAUCGUCGUGCCGGACCCAACAGCCGUUUCAGACCAGUGCACCGUGUUUCGGAUAGCCGUGCUGGACACGGAGAUUGUCAAAACCAAAAUAAGGGAUAAAUCUCAACGUGGCACCAAUGGAAUUAUUAACGGUGAACAUGAAACCAAAAGAACUAUUUCCAAACACUCGGAGUCCGUUUAAUGAGACCCGAGGAUGGACCUCGACCGGAGACUGAACAAAGAAUACGACGACGUAUCAACGCAAGCGUGUUAUAAUACGAUAUUAUAUUAUUGCAAUAAAAUAAUAAUAGUCGGUAUUAAAAAAAAAAAAAUAAAAAAAUAUUCAAUAAUUAUAAAUAAUAACGAAAUUAUCGUUCGAAGUUCUCGGAAUAAGGUGUGCACAUAAUAAGACGUACUACGAAUGAUGUCGAUGUAUAAUAAUAAUAAUAAUAAUAAUAUAAUAUUAUAAUAACCGAGGGCAUUUUAUUUUGUGAAUGGAAAUCGUCAUCGCACCGCAACGGAGCUGAGUCUAAUGCCGACGCCAUAUUUUAUCUCCAUAUAUUAAUAAUAAUAAUAAUAAUAAUAAUAAUAAUUAUUAUUAUAUGUAUUUGAUGUCUGUACAUAGGUAAUUAUAAUAUUAUAAAAAUACGAUAAUAAUAUUAUUAUAUAUGCCAUACAUCUUUGUCUGUGUGUGUUUUCGUGUGCUCGCGUGUUGUGUACACACGAGCAAUGUUUUAUUGUAAUUAUUAUUCUAACAUGUAAUUAAUUAUUAUUCCCAACCUAAAAUUAUAAGCUUUUCAUCAACGAACUUCCUCUUUUCACGCGCAAUCUUCGCGGUACAUAUUAUUGAAUUAUAAUAAAUAAUAAUAUUAUGAAUGUCAAAAAAUGAAAACCCCCAAACAACAAUAGCAACUUGGCAAUCGAUCGGAAUACGCGAGACCGAAAAUAUUAUGUAGGUCUCAUGUAUUCAUAUUAUAUACUGUGUACUAUAUGCUAUGUAUUGGCACGAAAUCGAUAUUCCGAAAAAUUCCAGUUUCACAUUUUAUUAACAAUGUCAAAAAGCGCGCAAAAAAAAAAAAAAAUACGAAAUACCGAAGGCCAUUAAUAAAAUUCGUUGUCGAGGUUUUGUGUUUCGAUCGGUACCUACCUAUAACUCUACGUGUACAUGAUAUUAUAAUAAUAAUGUGUAUAAUUUAAUUUAAUUGCGUUUUAGUCCUUAAGUCGUAUUGUACAACUGUAACGGUAUUGUCUCAUUUGUAUCGAUAACUACUAUACAUACGUAUUUAUAUUAAGUGUAAAAUGUAAAUAGUAUUGUCGUCAUAAUAAUAUUAAACAUGCAUCAAUGAAAUCGAAAAAGUCCCGUGCGAACUUGCCGGUUACGCUACAAAUUGAUGUCGCCAGUAUAGGUAUAUUGUAUAUUAUAAUAUUAUUAUUGUGUAUAUUAAUAUGGUUACUGUUGUCGUUAUAUUUCACUUAUUGUUUUUCUUUUUUUUUUUUUGACGACGGAAACGAUCACGCGACUCCGAGCCACCCCCCCAACGGAUAGAUUUCAACAAGUUUGUUUUUAUUAUUAUUUAUUCUCAUCAUUAUCAAAACUUUUAAAUGUUUAAUUUUUUUUUUUUUUGGUUCCAUGACUGAAAGGCUGACUUUAUACCUAAAAUAUUUUUGUUCUUACAAACAAUGUGUGCAUAUAAGUUUUUUUUUUAUAGUUUGAAUCCGACAGUUUCUGUCAAUUCUAACGGCUUAACGGCUUCGUAUCGAUUUAAAACAUUUUGAUGUAGCCCCCCGAAAAAGUCUUUAAAUGUCUUCCCUCCGAACUGUAUACGGAAAAAAAAAUCAAAAAUAUUUCUAAUCUUCCGUUGGCUAGUGUUGUGUCUUGUCACAACAAGUGGUUUCAAUCAUGUAUACUUAUUAGUAUUUCAGUUUUUUUUUUAUUUGUCGAUAUUAUACAUUAUUAAUAAGUGUAUUAUAAUUUAUAAUAAUUAAUUGAUCACGUGUACCAACAAAACGUAUUUUACAACCUCGACCUGAUUAUAUUAUAGUGACAAACUAUCAAACUAUCAAUACACGUUAUUGUGAUCACUGUUAUUAUAUUAUAAUCAUAGUUAAUAAAAAAAAUCGAGUGGCCACUGCCGUUCCCCUUGUACAUUUAGAAAACCGAAUGAGGAUUAUUAUUAUGCCAUACGAUUAUAAUAUUAUUAUUAUUAUAGUUUUCGUAGAAAUGUUUAUAUACGUUUGUUUUUGUGUACACGAUAAAAAAUAAAUAAAUGCAUACGACCAAAAUCUCA